CGGCAAAUACGGCCCACAUCCACAUCGGUGUCGACACGCAUCCCAGGAGCCUUUCUAGCGAUGACGUCGCACUCGUUCGUGUCGCCGACAGCGGCCGCCUCGGAAGACGACCCAAACAACCCGUCCUUCCAAAGCCGCGCGCAACGCCGGUAUGUCGUGGGGGUGUGCGCGAUGGAGAAGAAGUCGAGGUCCAAGCCGAUGCAAGAAAUCCUCCGACGCCUGGUCAAGAAGAAGCAGUUCGACUUGGUCAUUUUCACAGACGACAUGAUCUUGAACCGUCCGAUCGAGGACUGGCCCAUCUGUGAAGCGAUCUUUAGCUUCUACUCGACGGGGUUCCCCCUCGCAAAGGCCGAGAGCUACGUCCACCUCCGCCGCCCCGUGUUGGUGAACGACCUGAGCAUCCAACACGUGCUCUUUGACCGACGCAAGGUGUACGAAGUACUCAUUCGCAACGGCGUGAACGUCCCGCGCCAUGCGAUCGUGAACCGCGACGGUCCGACCCCGGACGUCCUCGACGAGAGCGAAAACUACGUAAUCGUGAACGGCGUUCAAAUCAACAAGCCGUUUGUAGAAAAGCCCGCAGACGCCGAAGACCACAACAUCUACAUCUACUACCCGUCCAGCGCCGGCGGCGGUAGCAAGCGCCUCUUCCGCAAAGUCGGCGACCGGUCCUCUGAAUUCUACCCCGACGUCAACCACGUCCGGCGGGAAGGGUCAUACAUCUACGAAGAGUUUCUCAACACGCAAGGCACGGACGUCAAGGUGUACACAGUUGGUCCCAACUACGGCCACGCCGAAGCGCGCAAGUCGCCAGUUCUGGACGGCCGCGUCAUGCGCGACAGCGUCGGCAAAGAGGUGCGGUACCCCGUGAUCCUCAACUCGAUCGAGAAGGACAUAGCGCGCAAGGUGUGUCUGGCCUUCCAGCAAACAGUAUGCGGCUUCGAUCUGCUGCGGGUCCGCGGCACGUCGUUCGUGUGCGACGUGAACGGGUGGAGCUUUGUUAAGAACUCCAAGAAGUACUACGACGACUGCGGCCUCGUACUGCACAACUACCUUCUCACGGCGUUGCUGCGGUACCGCCACCACCACCGCCCAUCGCCGCGCUACAACCUGUCGCCCAAAAGCAGCGGGGGCCCGUCGCCGUUUGCCCAAUAUGCGACAGAGCCAGUGCUGCUCAACCAGCACCAACCGUUCAUCAAGGAGCAGCACUCCAUGUCCACACACAGCUCGCCGUCCGACCCGUUCGACUUGCCGCAUAGCUUGGGGUCCCCUCAGCUGCUGCAUCACUCGCGCACGAGCUCCACGGCCUCCAAUGAUGACAGCAUGUGGCUCGAGAAGAAGGAAGAGCUCCGCGCCGUGAUUGCGGUCGUGAGGCAUGGCGAUCGCACGCCCAAGCAAAAGCUCAAGACGCGGGUAUGGGAGCCCCAGCUUGUGAAUUUCUACGAAACGCGCCGUACCAAGGACAAAUUCGACGAAGUUAAAGUGAAAGCGGUCAUGGAUUUACAGGAAUUACUCGAUAUUGUGCGCUCGCUCAUUAAAGAGUAUGCGCCAAACGUUGGGUCCAAAGGCACUGUGUGGGAAAAAGAAGGUGGCGACAGUUUUGAAAAGUUAUUGCAAAUCAAGCGAGUGCUGGAGCGAUGGAAAUUUGCAGGGAUCAACCGCAAAGUGCAGUUCAAACCUCGUCGUGAGUACAUGCCGCCGUCGUCAGGGUCGGGGGCCAACUCGGAGCUGCUCUUGAUCAUGAAAUGGGGGGGGGAUCUCACUGAAACGGGCAAACGUCAAGGCGAAUUGCUGGGCAAUCGGUUCCGCAACGAAUUAUACCCCGUUGAAGAAGGUGGGCUGCUGCGACUCCACUCUACGUUUCGGCACGAUCUCAAGAUCUUCACGUCCGACGAAGGCCGCGUCCAGAUGACUGCCGCCGCAUUCGCCAAGGGUUUCCUUGAGCUAGAAGGCGACUUGACGCCGAUACUGGUCAGUCUUGUGACUACAUUGGACAAAGAUGCGAAUAAAAUGCUCGAUCACUCUGGCCAAGCGGACGCAAACGAAGAAAUCGAGCGCACCAAAGCCAAGCUCCGCAAAGUUAUGCAGCAAGAGUACACGUCGUUCGAGGACAUGGUGGCCAGCGUCGCACCGCUCAAUACGCAUUCGAUCGUGGCCGCGCUGCACGACCUGCAAAACCCCAAAGAAUCGCUGGGUAAACUGCACGAUCUAAUCCGACUCGUCAAGACUGAGAUCAAGGAGCUGGCCGCCGACAGAGCGGCGCUGAGUCUGCAUGACGACCGCCUGAAUGAGCUGUAUAUGGGCGAAACGUACUCGCUUAUGAGCGAACGAUGGGAAAAGCUCUACAGAGACUUCUAUUCUAUCCCAAAGCAAGAGUAUGACUUGAGCAAAUUACCCGACAUUUACGACUGCAUCAAGUACGACAUGCUGCACAACCUCAACGGCGCGCACGCGACGACCAAGUACGGCCGCGCGCUGUUCAAUAUGGCCGAACUCUUUGUCACGUGCUAUGUACCCCAGGAAUACGGCAUGAACGUGGCGGAGAAGCAGAGCAUUGGCAUCAAGGUAUCCCAAGCUCUGUGUGCCAAGAUCCGAGCAGACAUUGCGACCGCCAUGACGAUUCAACGCGAAGAAAAGCCCAGUGUGGUCAACAGUCUGUACAAUGGCAAGUCGUUCUUGCCUCUGUGUACAGCGGCGAUGGACGAGUCGGACGAGUCGGAGAGCAACUUGGAGCACAAUGGGUACCGGUUGGAUCCGUCGUUCGCCAAGGAGCUGCGCAUCAAGAGCCCGGGCACGCAAGUCCGGACGCGGCUGUACUUUACAAGCGAAAGCCACAUGCACACGCUGCUCAACGUCCUUCGGCACCAGUGUCCGGCGUGGGUGGCGCGUCGGACGGACGAGAACCUUACGAGCGGAACCUCGUCGCAGCAGGACCAACCACCCAAACAAAGGCACGCGUUUGAUGCGGCCAAGAUGACAAUGGCCCCCCAAGCCAUCGAAGCGCUCGACAACGUGUCCGAGCUCGACUACUUGGCGCAUAUUAUCAUCCGCGUGUUUGAAGCCCCGUGGCUGCCUGAGGAGGAUGGGAACCGGUUCCGCGUCGAGAUUGCGUUUUCACCGGGACUGCGCGGAGACCCCGAGGGAGGAGGGGGGGUGGUGCUCGAGGCCGCGCGCAGCUCGUCGACGUCGAGCGCGGCGUCGUCCGUGGGUUUCACGCCGCCGUCGACGCCCCUCGCGUCGUCCGUCCCCAUCGCCAUCCCCCCGUCGUCGAGUCCGAAUCUGUUUGCGUUCUACGAUCGCAAAGAUGACGUAAUCAGUCCUUCAUAUGACGGUGGUAUCCCAGACAACAAGAUCUACCUGACCAAGGACAUGCCUGGCGUUGUCUUCGACGACAUGCUGGCCGCAUGCGUCGCAUCCGUCGCCAACAACCCCGUGUCCUAUGUGCCCGAUAGCGUCUAGAGGUCUCUCUCAGACGCGUUGUCUAGUAAGACUAGUACAUAUACUAUUGUAGAGUGUCAGUGUUGGUGUUGCCAUUGUUUGACGCACAGGAUACAGCACUAACGUUACUACAUACAUCAACAAAC